UCACUCUCAUCUUCAUCCUCAUCCUCAUCCUCAUCCUCAUCCUCAUCCUCAUCCUCACCCUCACCCUUAUCCUCAUCCUCAUCCUCACCCUCAUCCUCACCUUCAUCCUCAUCCUCAUCCUCAUCCUCACCCUCACCUUCAUCCUCAUCCUCAUCCUCAUCCUCAUCCUCACUCUCAUCCUCAUCCUCACUCUCAUCCUCUUCCUCAUCCCCAUCCUCAUCCUCAUCCUCAUCCUCA